GGUGUGUUGUUGUUUAUCUGAGAACCUGAACUUAUCUUGUGUGUUUACAAGGGACGAUUGACUGAUCAGUGUGUGGAUCCUUCUGUCACCAUGUCCAAGUCUCCCCUGUACGCAACCGGGACGUCAUCAGUGUGUCAACGUGAUAGUACGAACAAACAGGGAUGCCUAGAAGUAUGACCCGUGAGGCAGUGAAGGGCGGCGCCACCGGCUCGGGCACGUUUUCCUCUACCUUGACGAAGGUGGCGGCCGCGGCAACCCUUGGGCCGCUCCUCCUUCUGGCCCUCACCACUGUCCUCAUGGAACCCCUGCAGCAUGCGUGGGGGACGUCGGGUAGCUUCUGGCAAAAGCAGUUCGACAAGGUGCUCGUCGCUGUGGAUCACGACUUCUUAAAACUCUUUGUCUUUGGCACGGCGGGUCUUGGCUACGUCACGUACUGGCUGCCUGGCGCCUUUUUCAUUUUGCUGGACCUGGUGGUGUGGCCCGAGGCUUUGAGGCAGUACAAGGUGCAGCCAGGCACUAAUGAGCCGGUGUCCAACAGGGCCCUCAUUAAGGCCAUCCUGGUGGUGAACUUCAACCACGUCGUGCUGGCUCUGCCCUUCCUCUGGGGCUGCUACCAGUUGAUGGUGCUGCGCGGUGCGGACCUGACGCCCGUCCUGCCCUCACUGCCUCGAGUGGUCUUUGAUAUCCUGGUCUCACUGCUGCUGAAGGAAUUUGUAUUUUAUUACUUACACAGGCUGGGCCACCACCGCCACCUUUACAAGUACAUCCACAAGAUCCACCACGAAUGGCAGAGUCCCGUGUCGGUGAUGGCUGACUACGGGCACCCGCUCGAGCACAUUUUCAUCAACAUGUUCCCUGUCUAUCUGGGUCCUCUGCUCCUCGGCUCCCACCUCGCCACCGUCUGGCUCCUCGUUGCCAUAGCGUCCACGGGCACCAUCAUAAACCAUUGUGGAUACCACCUGCCCUUCUUCCCCUCGCCCGAGUUCCACGACUAUCACCACCUCAAAUUUACUGAGUGCUACGGCAACUUGGGGCUCCUGGACUACCUUCACGGGACUGAUCGUAAGUUCCGUCAGUCCUCUUACUACCUGAGGCAUCGGACUCUGUAUGGUCUUAAGCCCCUCACGCAGACCUUCCCCGUGGACAAAAGUACAACUCCCAGCGGUGUCUCCAAGAAAGCAACCUAACAUUAAGUUAAUAGCCGACUACACAGCUAUGGAUCCUGUCUACGAAUAUUUGUUAUUUGUUGAACUGAUUCUCAAAAAAAUAUAUUAUAGGUUGUUAGUGUGUAUGAAUACCUUGAGGUAAGAACGGGAAGAUGUAUGAAUAAAGGAUUAACACUGAAAA